CUUCCACACUUCCAGUCACGUUUUGCGCUGACCGCGUCGUCGCCGUCGCCACAUCGAAUAAACACAAGAAGUACUCGACCUCGAGGACCCACCCGCGACCACUACAACAACCUUCGUACGAUCCCCCUUUCGCCAACGACACCAACGACGCCAAUUUCGCCAUCCCUGGGUCCAUAAACCUCGCCACCAACGAAGACCACGAUGUCUAACCAGACCGAUCCUGCCACCCAACCUCCCCAGCAUGCCCCGGCGCCUCCUCCAGGCGCGGCUCCAGUUGGGUUCCCCACCGAUCCCGCGUUCGCGUUGAGCGCUAUCCCCCAAGAUCAGCUCCUCGCCAUCCUCAGAAAUGUGCCGAAUCUCCUACAGGGGAAGGUUCCUGACUCGGGAGGCAAGGAAGACGCAGCCCAGAUACUUUCCAACCUUGCCCAAUUCAACCAGCAGGCACAGAUGCAGCCGGUUGCCUACCCAGGCGUCGGUGAUGCUGGCCCUUCCACCCACCCGCGCGGCCCACCCAAUCUUACCCAGCUUGCGACGGCCAACCUUGCCGCUACGCUUGCUGCUCGUCCUCCCAACCCCAACCUUCCCACUGCCACCGUUCCCGGUCCGACCACUGUUGACGCCUCCCCCACCGAGGAGUCCUCGCAAGCCCCGAACAGCACGGGCUCCGCCUCCGGGCGCCGCGCGGGGCGUAACCCUGCCAUGGGUACCGACGAGUGGACGCGGCAGCGCAAGGACAACCACAAGGAGGUUGAGCGCCGCCGCCGCGGGAACAUCAACGAGGGCAUCAACGAGCUCGGACGUAUUGUGCCCAGCGGCUCCGGCGAGAAAGCCAAGGGCGCCAUCCUCUCCCGUGCGGUGCAGUAUAUUCACCACCUGAAGGAGAACGAGAGCCGAAACAUCGAGAAGUGGACGCUUGAGAAGCUGCUCAUGGACCAGGCGAUGGGCGACCUGCAGUCGCAACUCGAGGAAGUGCGCCGCCUUUGGGACGAGGAGCGGCACGCCCGCCAGCGCGUUGAGGCCGAGUUCGACGCGUACAAGGCCGCGCAUCCCGCCGGUGGUGCGCAGGCGGGCACCAAGCGCUCCAGCGAGGGUGCUGAGGAGGAGUCGGCGAAGCGCCAGCGCACCGAGUAAUCGUGGUCAUUGUCCCACAUGACAUGUUUCGUCGAUUCCCUCUGCGUCCAUGUCCUUUCUUGCGCUCUUUCUUCUUGCCCUGCUGUCGUGUUAUCUGUUCGAAGGUUACCGGUUGUCGCUACGGUUGCUCGGACGCGUGUACAUAUAUCUCCAUGGUGUGAUUUAGUGUAACAGUGUAUGUCUUCCUUGUUCAGUUAUGGUUCAGAAUCGAAGUCUAUGUAUCCGUCCA